UGUACCUUGGCAACAGAGUAAACAAGUUUAGUAAGGGAAUUCUUCUUGGUGAAUCUAACUCCAAAAUGCGCAAAUUUAAAAGAAAAGUUUAUCGCGAAUAUGAAAACUUUGUGCGUCCCAAGACUCAUGUGGAACCAGAUCCUCCGAAGCCCAUUAAUUUAUCGAUUGAGGAUUUCAAUGCGCGCGGAGAAAUCGCCAAUCCUCGUGCUCCUUGUGUGGUGACCACCAUCGAUCCCGACUACAUAAAAGAUGCCAGUCUGCAGCGUUUGGCCAGAAAGUUUCGGAUGAAAACGGACAUUCUACUGCUGCGACAGAUAACACGCAACCGCUUCAUGUACUAUGCCACCCAAGAACUGUUCUUAGACCGAAAACGGGAGAAAGAGUACCAGGACAAUCUGUACGAGAAGGCCGAGGAGUUCCACAAGUUUGCCGAUGACUCGCUUAAGAAGAUGGAGGCGGAAGAAUUUAAGAAAAUGCUGGAGGCGCAAGAGAAGCUUAAGAUACUUAAAGAAAGCAAACUGGCCGAGGAGCUCAACGAGGUAAAACUGGAGCACCAGCGAGUCCUAAUGGAAGUGCAGGAAGUCUACGGUCGCUUUCAGUAUCUGUUAAAGCUUAUCAGCUACUUUGACGACACGGUGGAGGAGGACCAGACCGAAGGGGAAGAAGUCAGCAAUAAACUCAUUAUGCCGCAGGAGAUUGUGGCAAUGGAGAUUACCGAACGGCAUCCGGCAGGACUGGAGCAAGUGCGACAAAUCCAGAACUAUAUGGACAAGAUAGUACGACCUUAUUUGGCUAAGCGGAAUCAUCUUGACGCGGAGAUUUGGAUUCGUGGCUAUGAAAGGAAUCGCUUAAAGGUCUCCAACUACAAUAGACGAUUCACUCAGUUGGCACUCUUAAACCACAUCGUGGGAAUUCUCCAUGACAAGUCCCAAAAGACAUACGAACGCCAGGUGAAAGCCAAUGUGUUUCUCAAGGAUCCCGAGUUCUUGCAGCGACGGGUAGCAGGACUUCAGGAGCGGUCUAAGGGUUUAUUGAAUGACUACGAACAGAAAUACUGCAAAGACAAGCUGAAUAUCAAGCUAAAUAGCAUUAUCCCAGUGAUCCUAAAGCACAUCCAAAACAAAGUUCAGCCGGAGCAAAAGAAGGAGGUGACGGAGCCGCCGCCUAAGUUAGCAGAACAAAAGUCAUCCAAGCAGUGGCGCACUUUGGAGGAUAUGCAGCCGCCAACGCCGCCACCAAAGUCCACAUACGAGGACGAACAGGACACGACUCUGGCCAAAGUGGAGAAAAUCCAAGCCCAUGUUCUGGAACUCUUGGCUAAGUUGGACCACAUUGAACCAAACAAACUGCAGUGCGUGGAGCAGCAGGUUCGCCGUCGCAUGGCAGCGGAAAAGGAGAUGUCUCGCCGUGCUCUGGUCAAACAGAACCGCCUGCAUAACUGGAUGGCGCACUUUAAGAAGCACCACAAGCUGCAGGUGGAGCAGCGGUGGAAAAACAAGGUCUAACAUGGUCAACAAUAAUAUACACGUAUCAAUUUAAAAAUUAGAUAACACCUUGGUUAAAAGUAUAAAUUAAAUCGGCAUAUAUAAAA